AUGGGUGUUGCAAAGCGGACAAGAAAAUUCGCGGUCAAGCGCAUGAUCGGCCGGAGGGAUGAACGCCGCAAGGACGAGGCCACGAAGAAGGCCGAGCUGGAGCUGAAGAAGAAGAAAGAGGCGGCUGUGCGCGAAGUACCCCAGAUGCCGUCUUCCAUGUUCUUCCAGCACAACGAGGCAUUGGUUCCUCCGUAUCAAAUCCUAGUGGAUACCAACUUUCUCUCAAGAACGGUGGGAGCCAAGCUGCCAUUGCUCGAAACGGCCAUGGACUGCCUCUACGCUUCAUGCAACAUUAUAAUCACAUCAUGUGUCAUGGCUGAAUUGGAGAAACUGGGGCCGAGGUAUCGUGUGGCCUUGAUGAUUGCCCGCGAUGAAAGGUGGACGCGCCUGACUUGCGACCACAAGGGCACAUAUGCCGACGAUUGCAUCGUCGACCGCGUCCAAAAACACCGUAUCUACAUAGUUGCCACAAACGAUCGUGACCUCAAGAGGCGAAUCCGCAAGGUCCCGGGUGUGCCCAUCAUGUCUGUCGCAAAGGGCAAAUACGUCAUUGAGAGACUGCCGAGUGCCCCGUCAAUCUGA